ACCCACGCAUUCACAUUCCUUCUGUUCACAAAAUCACAAAGAUUGUCGAUAAUACUUCUCAAUCUAUGUGCGAGUUCAAUUGAAAUAAUCCAUAUAAAUUAUUUUUUCAAAUAUCUCCAGAAAGAUUUACUCUGAAAAUUUAGAGCUGUCACGUUGGCAGCAGUUCUAUGACAGUCGAGUCAAAGUUCAUAACAUAAACAUGUGAAACCUGUCUUUUUUAAAUAAAAAACAUCCACAAAUUAAGAGUUUCUGAAAAUUUUUUGAUCCUAGUGCUCACUGAGAUUCCUUACGUAAUAAAAAUAUUAAUUUGAAUAUUGGAAAGACUUCUUUAUUAUUAAAGAAGACCUUUUGUAAUCAUUUUGAGGUUAUAUGUACUCAUAUCAGGCUUUUAUCACAAUAACAGCGGGAGAUUUUGAAAUAGGAAGUGUCCGUUUUUUUAUAACUUGCCAAAAAUGAUUUAAGGUUGUAGUAGAAUUAAAAAAAUAUACCGUAAAUAUGGAGAGCGAUAAGAAGCGAGCAGGAAGAAAAUUAAAGUCUGCCAAUCAGGCAGAAAUUCUGCGUUCAACUCAAAGAGACAAUGAUUUUGUGUCAAAUUUGAGUGAAAAAAUAUCUGAUUUGCUAACUAGAUUCAAAGGAUAUAGAUCGCUGUUACAUUUUAUGCAAUCGGAUAUACCGGCAAGAUUUGUGUAUUUUGUUCUCACUUCCGGAAUGGGAAAUCAAACUCUUGGAGAAGAGUAUACAGGAAUUGUUCAAGCUGAUUUGGAUGCUCGUAAAGUUCCAUCACUAAGUGCAAGGAUAUUAGCUGCAAUUUUAGAAUGUUUUGGAGAACAAGCCUUUCUGAGAAUCCUGUUAAGACUACAAGCUUCAAUAAAUCAUCCCCACAGCGAAUUAACGCCUGCAGCAGUUGCAUUUUUUAACAGUCUUCUUUCUAAAUUACGUGCUGCGGUACCUUUGUUAAUUCUUGCUCACCGUGGAUUAUUUUAUAUUUUCGGGCGAUACUACAGUUUAGGAAAAAGAAUAGCUGGUGUGGAUUACGCCAAGAUUUAUGGAAAACGUCCUACUGAUGGAAUAAGUUGGGGCUUAAGAUUAUUAGGCGUUGCAACCCUUGUUCAAUUUUUAUUGAGACUUUUCCAAAAAGAUCACAGAUUGGAGGAAAAUUCUGAUUUCAAUGAGAUCGAACUCAGCACGAGUACAAAAUGCCAGUUAUGUUUAGAGAAACUGCCAACGACUGCCACACCUUGUGGUCAUUUAUUUUGCUGGAAUUGUCUCGCAGAGUGGCUCCGCACAAGAGCUCGAUGUCCUCUUUGUCGAGAACACGUUCUCCCGUCGAGAAUCGUUCAUCUCAUGAAUAUAUAACAUUUCCAGAAACCAUAUUAUUAAAAAUUAAUAAAACCAAAAACAAGUAACAAAUAGGAUGUAUAUCAGGAUGUCUAUUGAAAUCCUGGAAAAAAAUUCCCUGAAAAUUGCAAUCUUUUUUCCAGAUAUAAUUUUUUCGCGAGUUUAUUACAAAUAAAGUUCUUUUUAGUUUUUAGGGAUUUAAUUACUAUUAGCAGAUAU